AUGUCUGCUUCUAUUGUUGCUUAUAAUAACAGCUCGUUAUCCUUAACGAGUCAAGAAAUUACUGAAAUUCCUGACGAGAAAAAUUUUGAGCCUAACUCUAAGAGAGUUCUUCUGAAUAAUCUUAGGAAUCUACCAUCAAAUUAAUCAAUCUCUAAAAAUAUUGACAGAUACGCAAAUAUGAGUUAAAUGAAUCGUAAUCCACUAAUAAAAAACAAAGGCAAAAUAAAUGAUGACUGGUCUUAGGAUUUAAAACCUAGCCUAAAAUUUUCUAAUAUGAUUGAAGAAGAUUAAAAUGAUACAGUUAAGCAUAAUAGAUAUAGAUCUUAAGGAUCAAUUAGGAAAUCAAUUUUUGAUUUUAACAGAGGUGUGAUGCUUUAGAAUACUAAUGCUAGUUCAACAUAAGGAGUGACAUCACAAUUAUAUACAAAAUAAUCUGAGUAACAACUUAAUACGUUUUCAAAUUCCUUCAAAUCAAGUAAUAAGCUAUUAUUCUAACCAAGAAACAGCAAAGAAUAUACUAGUGGGGCAUUUAAGUAUCUUGGAAAAACAAGUUUUCUUAAUAAUAGUAUAGGGAAAGUAGAAGAAACUUCAGAGCAUCCUGGAACUAUUAAAAUUUAGAAUAUUAAAAAUUCAGAGAGUAAUCAAUAAUUGAUUCAAAAUUAAUUCUAUGAUGAUACUGAAAAAAUCAACCUUAUAAUUGAGGAGGAGAAAUCAUAUGACUCUUCAGAAGGAGAUCAACUUGAAUUUAAGAAUCAAGUUGUAAAAGUAUAGGAGGAAGAAAUAAAAAACGAUUCCUAUCUAAAGUUUAAAUAACCAUUAGAGGAGUAAGAGGAAGAUUACAAAAAGAAAUAUACUUACUAAAAUUUGAUAGGCUAAAAUAACUUGCUAUCAUUGAUUGAAGAAGUAUCUCCAACUUCAUAGAUUAAAGAGGAUUCUAGCUGGGAUGACAUUAGGAUAAAAUAAAUAAUGAAAAGAAAGGCUAAUAUCAAAUAGUAAUUAAGCCAUGGUUUAAGUUUAAAAAAAGAAAAUUCUGAGAAACUAUAUACAAUUCAAAGCAAAGACGUCGAGAUGGAUAUUUAAUCUAAUACUAUAGUACUGUAUGUGAAUGGCUUGAAUGAUUAGCCAUAUAUAAGCAAAUAAUCUUUAAGUUAAGACAAAGGAGGUGGAAGAGUACAAAGCUACAAUUCAGCUUUUUUUGAAGAUGAUUAAGAUCUUGAUCAAUCUAAAUAUAGCAAUAGAAUUAAUUAAAGGAAGCUUUCAUAGUUUAGUACUAAAAAGAAAGUAAUAUCAGUAAUGAAAAAGUUAAAAGUAUCUAUGAGAAAUGGUGCUCAGUCUAAAAAGAGAGUAUUAAAAACACAAGCUAAUGUAAGAUUACAUAAUAAUAUUUAAUAAUAUCUUUGA